CUAUUAGCAGUAAUUACGUAUUAAUGUGAAUAAAAAUACUUAUGUUAUAACAUGUGCGGCACUUGUAUCGACAGAGAGCGGCAUUACCUUGGCCUCACAUCACAGAAAUAGUUUCUCCCACCCCUCCGACACAUGCAAAGUGGUAGAGUCCAGAGGGCGCGAGCCUCCGAACUGUUUUGGUCGCCAAGGAGCAGAAACUGGAAUCAGUCAGUGUUUCAAUGAUGGAGAAGAUGAGCGAGGAGAACAUGGAGGAGGUGACGGUGCUGGAGGCUCAGAUCGAGCGCCUCCAGGCUGAAGUUGCAGCCUUGCAGGCCCAACAGCAGGACAACCAGAAGGACAUAACAUUCCACUUCAGAGGUCAAAUGCAGGAUGCCAUGUCGUACAUGUGUGGACAGAAAGAAGAAGGGGAGAAGGAGAAGUUGCUGUCCAGGCUGAAGGAGGAGGUGGAGGAGCUUGAGGAGGAUCUGAAGCAGCAGACUCAGAUGAAUGGCAUCAGUCUGAACAGCUGCUUCACAAAGACUCUGCAAAGCAGUGGCAGGAAGCAGGUCCAGCAGCUCUGUAUAUCAGGUCACUGCUCUGAAGGGGUCUUCCAGGUGGAGUUCCAGCUCUCUGAGGUCAAGGAGGGUCAGGGUACUCAGAGGACGAUCAAUGAUCUGAACGUUGUGAUGGACGCCAGCAACCUGCAGAACUUCAGCAGUUUCCUUUCUGGUGUGGAGGAGAGCAGGGAUCUUCUCCUGUUCUUCAGGACCCUCAGGACUUUCUCAGACAGAUGUGAUGACCGGUGCAGAACCUUCCAACACUUCCAGGAGAAGUACCCGUCUGUCGUCUCUCUUCCUGCAGGCUGCAGGUCAGAGGUCAUGACCCUGAACCACCCGGAGCUCCCUGGCUGCGUCUUGUUCAUUCACUGGUCAGUCGAGGUGUCCAGAGAGAGUGCGGUCACCCCAAAGAUCGAGCUGGUGACAAAGAUCCCUGAUACAGCGCUGCAGUUGUUUCCCUCUCAGGCUGUAGGCGGCGCUACUGAGGCCUUUCAGAGCCUGCUGAGGAUUUUGGGACCUGAAGCCGCCAUGGAGGCCGUCAUCAUGGCGAUCAGCCUCUCUCAGGACACAUAACUCACAUCUUCAUCUCUGUUAUACCCACAUAAAGCUUUUAUAUUCUAACAUGUCCAAUAACUGACACACACACAGUGACGGUUUAGUCUCUUAGAAAUCUUUAUUCAAUAGAAAGAGCACGGCUGUGACACAUGUAACAGCAGAGCUCAUUGGUCAAAAUCUACAAAAAUAAAUAAUUUAAAUACAAAAUGCAAGACAGCAGUGUCGCCUUUGUAUUGUCAAAUAAGUUUUUUUCUCUCAGCUAUUUACACACACGCAGUUAUUAUAAGUCUGUAGGUAUCACAGUGCUGUGAUGUUUCUGCAGGCUGACGCUCAGGCAGCAGGCGGAGGCAGAGGCAGCGGACCAAUCAGACUGCUGCUCACCUGUCAGGGCUUCGUCUCAGAGUGAGGACAAAGUUUGUUUCCUCUGUAAACUUAAACCUAAUCUUAAAGGCAUUUAUUUUAAAAUGUGUCAGCUCUAUGUUUUAUUGAGCCCCAGUUUGUGUCUCUCACCUUUUAAUAUCAUCAAUUGAAUCUCCACCCAACAACACUUCUUCCAAAAUUCUUCAAGGUUCUCUACCCAGAUGAAAAAAUAUUCUAUUGCUGCAUGAUAAAAAUGUUGUUGGUUUUUUUUUUUUUUAACUUUUUUUUUGCAACUCACAACCUAAUCUACAGAAAGAUGGUAGCAAGAAAUGACAUAUCUUUAUCCACCUUAUACAACAUGAACCAAUACGAAGAAGCAAUCUCAACUCAGAGUCCAUUUCCUCUCCUGUUCUGGAGCUUUUGACCUCAUCACACAUCCAUCUCAUCCAUCUUGACUUAAACGUUCGACAACUAACACACUUUAGCUCCUGAUAAAGAGUGUAUUAUAUAGUUGAUAGCUCCACAAUAUUGGAUAUUGGAUUUUUUGCCGAUAUCUGUUGUGCCAAUAUGUAACAACUCAUUUGACCAAUAAGCGAUACCGAUGUCGAUAUAUUUUUUUCCCCACCUAAUUUCAGUGAUCAUCACGUCUCUUCUGUAGUGAAUUAACAUCAUAUUAUGCAUGCAGACUCGUAUCAUGAAGGCCCACCAGCAGAUGGAGACAUGAAAUUGUAUACUUUUCAAUGUAUGUGACGUUAUUCAUUGCUCAAAAUAAGAAAACGCAUGUUGGCCAAUUCUGAAAGCCAAAAGCCAAUAACGACCGACACUGAUGACGUGCUGAAAUUACCGUCUUUGUCGGCCAGGUCUUUUAACAUAACUGAACGCUAAAUUAACGGUUAUAGUGUUGCAUUGUCAACACUGUAUUUUCAUGCUGCAGUCAUACAACCUUCCUGAGCUGUCUGAUAAAACCCUCAUAAAUCUGAGAACGUGUUGAGACACAAACUGCGGCUACUUUUUCUAAUGAUCACACUGACAACAUUAUGAAAAUCACGUGUUCAGAUGAAGAUGAAGUUGAUUGGAUGUUUUGGUGUUACAUUUGUAAAUUUUAGAAGUAA